UUUGAAGUAACGCGAGGUUUGUUUUUUCGUCCACAUCCUGCCAUUUACUUGCGCUUGCGCAGUCCUGCGAGUCUGACCUUCAUCCAAGUAAUCAUGUUUGCUAGGACUAGCGCGUUGGUUUUCCUCCCACAAUGUGGGCAGGUCAGGAACAUGGCUACCUUGAAGGACAUCACCAUCCGUUUGAAGUCCAUCAAGAACAUCCAAAAGAUCACCAAGUCCAUGAAGAUGGUGGCCGCUGCUAAGUAUGCCCGCGCUGAGAGGCAGCUGAAGCCCGCCCGCGUCUAUGGAAACGGCGCCGUGGCCCUGUACGAGAAGGCUGAGAUCAAGGCCCCAGAGGGAGUGGCCAACAAGCACCUCCUGAUCGGUGUGUCGUCUGACCGUGGUCUCUGUGGCGCCGUCCAUUCCAACGUGGCCAAGGCCAUCAAGGCUAAGAUUGCUACCCUCACCGGCGAGGGCAAGGAGGUGAUGGUAGUUAAUGUGGGGGACAAGCUGAGGAACAUCCUGCAGAGGACACAUGGCAAUUACCUGCUGCUCAGCUGCAAGGAGGUGGGCCGCAAGCCCCCCACCUUUACCGACGCUUCCAUCGUCGCCACAGAGCUGCUCAACAUGGGCUACGAGUUUGACCAGGGUGCUGUCAUCUACAACAGAUUCAGGUCUGUGAUCUCCUACAAGACUGACGAGAAGCCCAUCUUCUCCAUUGAUACUGUUGCUAAUUCAGAGAACAUGGGCAUCUAUGAUGACAUUGAUGCUGACGUGCUGAGGAACUACCAGGAGUUUGCCCUGGUCAACAUCAUCUACUUUGGCCUGAAGGAGUCCACAACCAGCGAGCAGAGUGCCAGGAUGACCGCUAUGGACAGCGCCAGCAAGAACGCCUCUGAGAUGAUUGACAAGCUGACCCUCACCUUCAACCGUACUAGGCAGGCUGUCAUCACCAAGGAGCUCAUUGAGAUCAUCUCUGGAGCUGCUGCCCUAUAAAUGGACGAGGUCCUCCUGCCAUCAUCGCCUGUGGUUCUGGCAUACAUGCUUCUGAGUACUUCAAACGGCCGUCGUCAAGAGUUUUAUGAACAUUUGUGCUUCUAUUUGUAAAAUAUACGGUAAAAAAAAUAAACCUCUUACAGAGAAAUGUGUUCCUUUCAUAGGUCCUCCUAGUUCUACUCACAAUAAAUCCUACUUGUGACCAUGAAAAAGAGUGAUGUUUGAGCAUAAAGAUAGGCUUCAAUUUACAUUGCUAUUGUGUUUUCCUUCUGUCUGAAAAAUGCAAAUGCACUUCCAAAUAUAGGCUGUCUAUGGAAUGUAUCACUCCAAAAGGUUAUCAUUGCACUCAAUUCCUUUGAAAUAAAAGUCAUGGUAUUUGGCACAACUCUUAGUAUUCUACACUAAUAAAAUAUAUAAAUGCAACAAUUGCAAAGAGUUUACAAAGUUACAAUUCAUAUAGUCAAUUGAAAUAAAUUCAUUAGGCCCUAAUCUAUUUGUUUCACAUGACUGGGAAUACAGAUAUGCAUCUGUUGAUCACAGACCCUUAAAUAAAUAAAAGGUAUCAGGAAACCAGUCGGUAUCUGAUGUGACCACCAUUUGCCUCGUGGCGAGACAUCUCCUUCGCAUAGAUUUGAUCAUUCUUUUGAUUGUCUCUUGUGGAAUGUUGUCCCAAUGCCUCUGCGAAGUUGCUGGAUACUGGCAGGAACUGGAUCACGCUGUCGAUCCCAAACUUGCUCAAUGGGUGACAUCUUGAGUAUGCAGGCCAUGGAAGAACUGGAAAAUGUUCCGCUUCCUGGAAUUGUGUACAGGUCCCUGUGAAAUGGUGCUGAGCAUUAGCAUGCUGAGACAUGUGGUGAUGGUGGUGUAUGAAUGGCACAACAAUGGGUCUCAGGAUCUCAAGGUAUCUGCGCAUUCAAAUUGCCCUCGAUAAAAUGCUAUUUUCUUUGUUGCCUGUAGCUUAUGCCUGCCCAUACCAUAACCCACCGCCACCAUGAGGCAAUCUGUUCACAACGUUGAGAUCAGCAAACCGCUCUCCCACAUGACACCAUACACGCUAUCUGCCAUCUCCCUGGUACAGUUGAAACUGGGCUUCAUCUGUGAAAAGCACACCGCUCCAGCAUUCCAGUGGCCAUCAAAGGUGAGCAUUUGCCCACUAAAGCCGGUUUCAACACUGAACUGCAGUCCGGUCAAUACCCGGUUGAGGACGACGAGCACCCAGAUGAGCUUCCCUAGUUUGUGCAAAAAUGAUUCUGUUGUGCAAAUCCACAGUAUCAUCGGCUGUCCGGGUGGCUGGUCUCAGAUGAUACUGGAUGUGGAGGUCCUUGGCUGGUGUGGUCUGCGAUUGUGAAGCCGGUUGGACAUACUGCCAAAUUCUCAACAACAUUGGAGGUGGCUUAUGGUAUAGAAAUUGUCAUUAAAUUAUCUGGCAACAGCUCUGGUCGACAUCCCUGAAGUCAGCAUACCAAUUGCACACUCCCUCAAAACUUGAGACAUCUGCGGAAUUGGGUUGGCUGAUAAAACUGCACAUUUUAGAGUGGCCAUCUGUCCCCAGCACACGGUGCACCUGUGUAAGGAUCAUGCUGUUUUAUCAGCUUGAUAUGCCACACCUGUCAGGUGGGGAAUGCUCACUAACAGGGAUUUGUGCACAACAUUUGAAAGAUAUGUUUUUUUGUUUGUAUGGAAACGUUCUGGGUUCUUUUAUUUCAGCUCAUGAAACAUGGGACCUCUUUACAUGUUGCGUUUAUAUAUUUUCUCAGUAUAGAUCUGUAUUUUUCAACAUGUAGAUAUUCUAUGUAACAAAGAAACAAUGAAUGAACUGGUUAUUCAACGAGUUUGUGUGAUAUCUACUGUAUAGCCACAGCCCAUCUACAUGUAUCAAUAUUGUUCUCCCACUGUCCAGUGAGAAAGUAACUGUGUUGUCAAAUACAGUCAAUGGUAAUCUUUAUGUUGCUCAUUUUGUUGCAGAACUUGAUUCUACGACUGAAAUGGGAUGAAAGGUUAAGUACCCUUUUCAUUGAUGGUAUCCGGGGCUGCAAUGUUUCGUCCGUUCAUUUAUGAACAGUGCAGUCAUACACUGCAGCCCCUACAGCAUGUAGCCACUAUGUAACCAAUGAGUUAUUAAAGAUGUAUAAACCAUCUAUACUUGUUAACCUAUUGCUAUAAGACCUGUAUAAAGGGUUCUCAUUAUUCCUGUUAUUUUUGUUGUUGCUGUAGUAGGCCUUGUAAGCGGUGUUAGUUUAGUGAUAUCAGAUGACUCCUGCUUAGCAGCAGAGUCUCAGCCCAGAGUCUUAGAAAAAUAAAGCCUGAUGCGA